AUGUUACCUUCUUGUGUAUUGAUCGAACUAUUGGAAAAUUUACACAAUCUUGAUUCAUUGACAAUUUCAUAUUCAAGUCGAUUAUUAAAAUCACAUGGAUGCAGUCAAAAAUCAAAACAUCAUAAUUUAUCGACUACUACAAAUAUUACAAAAGUUAAUAUGUGUCAUGUAACAAAAAUCGAACAAGUUGAUUUUCUUCUAACGUUUUGUUCACAUAUACAACAUUUACAAAUAGAAUGUACAAAUGAUAUUGAACUAUUAUCACUUAUUCGAUUUAUUUUUAUUGAAAAGAAUGCAUAUGUUAAAGAUCUUGUUUCAUUAUGUUUAUGGAUAGAGAAAGUAAAUUAUGAUAUGAUACAAAUAUUACAAACAAUAAUUGAUGAUGAACAAAUACUUCAUCAGUAUAGAAUUGAACACAUAAAUGAUAAAAUUUAUUUAAAAUUGAAUGUACUUUAA